UAUUUUAGGGCAGCACCAGAGCCUCGGUGUCUAUGACUGAUCCGUCAUCAGGCAGCGUCCAUCGGUGACUGGACCUCCCCACGGAGCUUUACCCACCCAGGACUGACUCACGGCAGAUCCACAGCUACGUUUUAAGCGCGAUGAUUAAUCUGAGCACACACAACCCACACAACAUGGAUCAUGACAACUUUUGGCACGCUCAUCAUUAGGUGCUUAUGCAAAAUGCAUAUUUUUGCUCUAAACGUUUAUUAUUUUCACUUAGUUUUUUAUGCGUUCCGUUAUUUGCUUGUAUUCGCCCUCGUUCCCCUUUAAAUUGAACGGGUCCAGCCGAGCAGGAAGUAGCGCGCCGCACUGACGCCGUCGCCAACGCGCUCAGCUCACGUUUGUUUAUUUUGAUGUGUCUCGUCUGAGCCGCCGCUCUUCCAGGCGUCGGCGGAGCGAACGGUGCGACCGCUGACCUCAUCUGGACGGUGCGAGCAUGGCCGACGCUCCGGAGCCGCGGGCCGACGCGGACGACCCGCCCCGCGUCACGUUGCCCCCGCUCAUCACCGUGUCGGAUCUGCCCAGCACCGCUGCAGGUCGCAAUCUGAAGGAAUGGCUGCAGGAGCAGUUCUGCGACAGACCCCCGGAGCAGGACGACAUGCGGCUGCACAACGCGGCCUACGUGGGCGACCUGGACACGCUGAGGAACCUGCUGCAGGAGGACGGCUUCAGACGGCGCAUCAAUGAGAAGUCGGUGUGGUGCUGCGGCUGCCUGCCCUGCACCCCCCUGCGCAUCGCCGCCACGGCCGGCCACGCCGCCUGCGUGGCCUACCUCAUCGCGCAGGGGGCCGAGGUGGACCUGGUGGACGUCAAGGGCCAGACGGCGCUGUACGUGGCCGUGGUCAACGGCCACCUGGGCUGCGUGCGCAUCCUGCUGGAGGCCGGCGCCGACCCCAACGGCAGCCGGCACCACCGCAGCACGCCGCUGUACCACGCGGCGCGGGUGGGCCGGCUGGACGUCCUGCAGGAGCUCAUCAGGUUCAACGCCGACGUGGACAUGGACCAUCAGCUGGGGCCCCGCCUCCUCCUGAGCGCCCGCACCCUCAACACUCUGGUGGUGUGCCCCCUCUACAUCAGCGCCGCCUACCACCACCUCAGCUGCUUCCGGCUGCUGCUGCAGGCGGGGGCGCAGCCCGACUUCAACUACACGGGGCCCGUGUGCCACGAGGCGCUGGCGCGCGGCCUGGCGUCCUGCCUGCUGGACGCGGUGCUGCGGCACGGCUGCGAGGUGGCCUUCGUGCACCUGCUGCUGGACCACGGGGCCGACGCCGCCCUCGUGCACUGGGACGAGUCGGACCCGGAGUCGCCCAACCGACGGAAGGUGGAUCCGGACGCGCUCCGGGUCUUCCUGGACGCGAGGAGUGAGUGCACUGUGAUGGUCCAUCGCCGGGUUUUAUGGGUAGUCGUUGAAAUAGUCAGUCUGGCCUCCAUCUUUGUGUCUCUUCUCAGAAUGUCCUCGCCGCCUGACGCAUCUGUGCCGCAUCAAGAUCCGCAGAACCAUGGGCAAACACCGCUUGGGCCGCAUCUGCUCGCUGCCUCUGCCAGAACCCAUCAAGAACUUCCUGCUCCACCAGAACUGAAGGCCGUCCUCCUCAUUCAACCCGGUCCGUGGGACAGAACGUUGCGUGAACCCAGUUUGCUCCUUUUUAACGAUAAACCCCCGUGUCGUUUAACAGACGCUGUGUUGACGGUUCCGAUGCUCCUCGUCUGUUGUCGUAGUAUUUUAUUAAAGAGCUCUUAACUUAUGGGAGAAGCCUGUUGUGUGGAAACAUGUAUCCUAAACGUCUUUUCUGGCCUCUGGGACCCGUCCGGCUCCCUUUUCUCGUAGCACGCUGCAUCUUAACGGCCACAGUGAGAAUGUCGUUUGAUUUGCCAUCGGAUCGCGUGGAGUAAAUAUCCUGUUCCCAGACAAAGGCACGUGGUCCAGGUCCAGCUCCUCGGACCGCUCUUUUAUCUGUUCUGGUCUGAGCCAGCUGCCCAGCAAUCCUAAUGUUCUGCUCCAGAUCCUCCCUCUGUGCGGCGUUAACACAUGGCCUGGUCUGUGAAAUAUAUUGUCACUGUUGCUGUGUUUACACCGAAUGCUGGGCGCUGGUCACAUAUUUUGUAUAUUAUCUAACUUUUAUUAAAUUACACCCAAACAAACGCUAAAUAUUCAUGUGAUUUAAGGUGCUGGAUCUGGACCAGGACUCACAGCUUUACAGUCCAGGUGUGAUUGUAAUGUAUAUAUUGUAUUGACAGGGACCUUCCACUGUUUGGGGACGUUUGUCUGUGACGCUGACAAUCUAUGGCUGAUGAUUUUAAUCAUUUGUAUUCAUUUCACAAGCCGCUGCCUCGUCGUCCGCUUGUGUUCUCAUACAAAGUGAACUUUAAACGCGUUGAAGUGAA